AUGAGUCUGGCAGGACUGGCAGCGGCGAGUAGCCACGUGGUUCAACCAGCUGGCACAGAAGAUCCGCAGACACAAGGCCCGACAAGCCUCAUUGUGCACUGUCCCACCGUGCGGUAUCACACCAAAGUCCGAGCAGGCAGGGGCUUCAGCUUGGAAGAACUGAGGGUGACCGGCAUCCACAAGAAGGGAAAUAGCUCUGCUGAAGAACUCAAACUGACUACUCAGCUGACCGAACCAGUGAUGCCCAUCUGGAAUGUUUAUAAGAAGGAGAAAGCCCAGGUCAUCACGCAGGAAGAGAAGGACUUUAAGGCAUUUGCCAGUCUCCGCAUGGCCCGUGCCCACGCCCGGCUCUUCGGCAUCCGUGCAAAUAGGACCAAGGAAACCGCAGAGCAGGACGUGGAGAAGAAAAAGUAA